AUGCCUCCACUACAUGUUUGCCCAUGUUGUGGGCAUAAAUCAUUGUGCGAACAGCAUUCCGGAAGUUGCUUAGCACCCUUCUCUCAAGCACCAGAUUCAGGGUCGUCUGACUUUCUCGUCUCAGUAUCAGCCUCGCCUAUCUAUGAAGACAAAAGCUAUGCAGAAUUAAGAUUCGAGGAUUACAAAUUGCAAGGCAAGGCCAAAAAUGGGCAGCAAAAGAGUGUCAAGCAAGAUGCAGAAUCAGCUAAGUUGGGUGAGGCACCAUGGGCUCUUCCAGUUUUACUACUUCCAGCGAUGCCCUUCUUCAAUUUUAGUGGUUCUAGUGCCACCCCGGCUGGAACUCAAGGUGGAGGAUCAUCACUUGCUUCAGAUUAUGGACUGACAGCACCCUUUAUGAAUGGUCCUUCUUUUGCACAAAGUUCUUUUGUGCCUGCUUCUAUCCUGUCCAUUAUACCAGGGGUUCUUCCACUCUCUGAGAUGUUUCGUCGACUAAGAGGGAGAGGGAGAGAAGCAGGGGAGAAAAGUAGAAAAGCAGGGGAGAGGGAGAAAGAAGUAGAGGAGAAAAGUAGGAGAGAGAGAGAAAGUAGAAAAGCAGGAGAAGAGAGCCUUUCAACAACAGCUCGAAUCUCCCUCCAGCUCAUUCAGGGUUUUGAUAACACAUGUUACCCUUUCUUGCUUGCUUCCUCUCGUGAUCAGCACUCAUCAGUCCCAGUAAAUAGCUUCGAAAGAAAGCAGAGAGUGGCAGGGGCGGUUACCCCGCGAACGAAAGACGUCCGACUCCGAUAUUUAAAAGGGUGCGACUGGGAGGAGAUUAAGGAGUAUUCCCACUAG